UCUUAAAAUGAAAAGGGCACCAAAAAAAGAAAAGGAUGCAAAAGACUUUGUGCAUUGCAUGUACUGUAAGGGGAUGUUUGUACGGAGAGAUUUGUGGCGUCAUUUGCGAAAAUGUCCCUCAAAACCAAGGGAUGCUGGUGAAGAGCAAGGGAGGACUAGGGUUUUGGGUCUUGCAACUAUGGCAGAGUCGACGCACAGUCAGCAGAUCGCUCAAGGAGUUUGGAAGCUUUUGGGUGCGAUGAAGCACGAUGACAUUUCUGUUGUUGUUAAAAAUGACUGGAGUAUUCUUCAGCUUGCACAGUCGUUCUUUAACAAACAUGGACAUGACUCUACUAAAUUUGAGUACAUCCGUCAGAAACUCUGUGAAAUUGGAAGAUUGUUGUUGACGUUGCGUAAAGAGUUCUCUAUUUACAGUCUUGAAGAAGCUGUGAAACCUGCUAAUUUCUAUCGACUUAUUCAAGCAGUCCAGAGGGUAUCUGGCUAUGAUGAAGAGAGUCACUGCUACAAAAGCCCAAGUCUUGCACUCAAACUGGGUCAUUCAUUAAACAAGAUCUGUGAAAUCAUUCAUUGCAGAGCACUCAUGUCUGAAGACAAAGAACUGAUUUCCUCAACAGAUACAUUCAAAAAGCUGUAUUCCUCAAAGUGGUCUGAGUUGAUCUCCCACUCUGCACUUGUCACAAUGAAUGAGGCCAGAUUCAACAAGCCAUCGACCCUGCCUUUCACCAAAGAUGUACAGUGUCUUCAUCAGUUCCUUGAAAAGAGCGCACAUGCUGCCUUUGAGAAACUAAAAGAGACUGCGUCACCUCAGAGCUAUGCAGCACUAGCCAAAGCAACUCUGGCAAGAAUGAUUGUUUUUAAUCGCCGGCGUGCAGGAGAGGUGUCAAAAAUGCAGCUUAAAAGCUUUCAAGAAAGGGACAGCACUUCUCUUCACGAUGAUGUUGCCUUGGGCCUUAGCAGGUUUGAACAAAAACUCUGCAGUUGAGAUCAGGGGUAAAAGAGGAAGGAAGGUGGCCGUUCUUCUUUCACCUGACAUGGUGGAUGCAUUGACGCUGCUGGUCAGAAGGAGAAGUGAGUGUGAGGUGCAGGACACCAACAGUUUCUUGUUUGCUAGACCUAACUGCCAAAGUCAUUACAGAGGCCAGGACUGUAUUAGGGUCUUUGCCAGUGAAUGUGGAGCUCAACAUCCAGAGUUUCUGCGAUCAACACACCUCCGGAAACAUGUGGCUACUCUCUCUCAAAUCCUCAACCUGAAAAACAAUGAAUUGGAUCAGGUUGCCGAUUUCUUAGGGCAUGAUAUCCGUGUGCAUCGCGACUAUUACAGGCUGCCAGAAGCCACAACUCAACUGGCUAAGAUAUCUAAAUUACUGCUAGCUAUGGAAAAGGGCUGUCUUCCUGAUCUUCAGGGAAAGUCCCUUGACGACAUUGAGCUUGAAGAUGAGAUCAGUGUAAAUGAUUCUGAAGACAGUGGUCCCGAUGAAAGUGAUGUUGAUGAUGAUGUCCCUGCUGCUGCCUCCAGUCGUGAUGUCCCUGCUGCUGCCUCCAGUCGUGAUGUUUCUGCUGCUGCCUCCAGUCGUGUUGUUUCUGCUGCUGGCUCCAGUCGUGAUGUUUCUGCUGCUGGCUCCAGUCGUGAUGUUUCUGCUGCUGGCUCCAGUCGUGUUGUUUCUGCUGCUGGCUCCAGUCGUGUUGCUUCUGCUGCUGGCUCCAGUCGUGUUGCUUCUGCUGCUGCCUCCAGUCGUGUUGUUUCUGCUGCUGCCUCCAGUCGUGUUGUUUCUGUUGCUGCCUCCAGUCAUGCUGAUAUGAAAAAGUUACAGCAUGCUGGGCCGUCUCAAGCCAUAACAGCAGGAUUCGACGGACUCACACGCACGUCGUUCUUUCUUCUUAGAAUCUCCACCCACAAAGGCCGUUCCCCUCGUCAAUCUGACUCCAUCACCACACCCAGUUUUAGCCUGUAG